CGCAACUACAGCACGAGGCCCACGCAGCGUCAUCGGGGGAGGAGGACCUGACUUCGCAUCCAGAGGGAAGCUCAUCCACUCCACUCGGACCUUUCCCUGGUGGCGUCGAAAUUAUCCGGCAGACAUUGAUGAGACGAGGUGCUCCAUCAACUUCAUUAAAUUUACUAAUGGCUUCUUUCGCUGAAAACACUCUAAAUCAAUACAAUUCAUCUCUUAAAAAAUGGUGGUAUUUUUGUCAGGAUAAUCAUUAUAAUUAUUGUGAAGCUAGCGUGUCACAGGUGAUUCAAUUUUUUACGGAAAGUUUUGAGACGGGCGCUAGUUAUAGCACACUAAAUACGAUGAGAUCAGCUUUGUCAUUAUUACUCGAUCCAUCAGUAACAUCAAACAUUAUGAUUACUAGACUUUUGAAGGGUGUUUUUCGCCUAAAACCACCCACACCUAAGUAUGAUGUUACAUGGGACCCAAUCAUUGUACUUAAUUAUUUAAGUGAUUUUUAUCCUUAUGAUAAUAUUUGUCUUCGUGAUUUGUCAGCAAAAACUGUUACUUUACUUGCUAUAGCAUCUGCUCAGCGAAUGCAAACAUUAAGCCUUAUUAAAAUAACAAAUAUUGUAAUUGAAAGCGAUUGUGUAAUAAUUAAAAUAACUGAUUUAAUAAAAACAUCCCGACCUGGAGCCUAUCAACCACUUAUUAGGCUGCCCUUCAUUAUAGAAAAUCCAAAAAUUUGUCCGGCUUUAGCUUUAACGUCUUAUAUGAAUAAAACUUUAAAUAUUCGAAACUGUGAAUCAGGGAGUUUGUUCAUCAGCUUCAGAAAACCUCACAAUAAGGUGGGACCACAAACACUUGCUCACUGGGUAAAGAGUACCUUGCAAAAAAGCGGCAUAGAUACAAAUAUAUUUGGCGCUCAUAGCACGCGGCACGCAGCCACAUCGGCCGCGCGCCGCGCUGGAGUCAGCCUGCAAGUGGUUCGUAGGGCUGCAGGCUGGAGUGAUUCUUCCAAUGUAUUCCUUAAAUAUUACAACCGAGAUGUGAAUGUAUGCGCUACCAAUAAUGAAUUUGCUAAUUCUGUUUUCAAUCAUACCUAAUUAUAGCCAAAUUAUGAAGUUUCACAGAAAAAUACUUUUUGUUGUCUGUUGAUUUUUCCUUUGUGAAAAUGAGAUAAUAUAAUAAGUA